GUGGCCGUUUCCUGCUGGCCUGGCGGCGGCUGCACGGGGCGGGCGGGAGGAUGCGGCGCAGGUCUCGGCUGCUGCUCUGCUUCGCCUUCCUCUGGGUGCUGGGCAUCGCCUACUACAUGUACUCGGGGGGCAGCGCCGCGCUGGCCGGGGGCGGCAGGAAGGAGGACCCAAAUGACGUUGAUGCACUAAAAAAGAAAGACCCUCGCAGUAACAAUGGGGAAGACAAAGCACAAAGCGUGGAGACCCUACCUCCAGGAAAAGUUCGAUGGCAAGAUUUUGAUCAAGACAGUUACGUUGGUGUUACUAUGGUCCGAUCUGGGCAGGACCCAUACGCUCGUAAUAAGUUCAAUCAAGUAGAAAGUGACAAACUGCAAAUGGACAGAAACAUACCUGAUACCAGGCAUGAUCAGUGUCAACGGAAACAAUGGCGGAUAGACCUGCCAGCCACUAGUGUAGUCAUCACCUUCCACAAUGAGGCCAGAUCUGCUUUACUUCGAACUGUUGUCAGUGUGCUUAAAAAAAGCCCAUCACAUCUUAUCAAAGAAAUCAUACUGGUGGAUGACUACAGCAAUGAUCCUGAGGAUGGUGCUCUGUUGGGGAAAAUUGAGAAAGUGCGGGUUCUUCGAAAUGAUCGUCGAGAAGGCUUGAUGCGCUCCCGUGUCAGAGGGGCAGAUGCAGCACAGGCUAAAGUACUGACAUUCCUGGACAGUCACUGUGAAUGCAAUGAGCACUGGCUGGAACCUCUUCUGGAGAGAGUAGCUGAGGACAAGACCAGAGUUGUGUCUCCUAUAAUUGAUGUAAUUAAUAUGGACAACUUCCAGUACGUGGGAGCGUCAGCUGAUUUAAAAGGCGGCUUUGAUUGGAACUUGGUGUUCAAAUGGGAUUACAUGACACCAGAGCAAAGAAGAGCAAGACAAGGAAACCCAGUUGCUCCCAUAAAAACACCAAUGAUAGCUGGCGGGUUGUUUGUGAUGGACAAAUUCUAUUUCGAAGAGUUGGGAAAGUACGAUAUGAUGAUGGAUGUGUGGGGUGGAGAAAACUUAGAGAUUUCAUUCAGAGUGUGGCAGUGUGGAGGGAGCCUUGAAAUUAUCCCAUGCAGCAGAGUGGGUCAUGUAUUCCGUAAGCAACAUCCUUACACCUUCCCUGGUGGGAGUGGUACUGUGUUUGCAAGAAAUACACGUAGGGCAGCAGAAGUGUGGAUGGAUGAGUACAAAAAUUUCUAUUAUGCAGCAGUGCCUUCAGCCAGAAACGUACCUUAUGGCAAUAUUCAAAGCCGAAUGGAACUGAGAAAGAGACUUAGCUGCAAACCUUUCAAGUGGUAUCUUGAAAAUGUCUAUCCUGAGUUAAGGGUGCCUGAUCAUCAAGAUAUAGCUUUUGGGGCUUUGCAGCAGGGUACCAAUUGCCUCGACACUUUGGGCCAUUUUGCAGAUGGUGUUGUUGGAGUUUAUGAAUGUCAUAAUGCUGGGGGAAACCAGGGUUGGAUUGGAAUCGCCUCAUUCUGGCAAUGUGGGGUUAGAGCCUGGAAGAAUACUCCACUUGUUUUGCCUUCUCCUUUCUAACUGGCCCCCUGUCUGUCAGUGUCUGGUAAUCUUCAAGGAAUGAUAGAAGACUUUUUUUCAGUUUUAAUCAGGCUUGUAUUAUUUAAGUAACAGCUAUGCAAAGGAAAGUUUUUUAUAUGCAGACAAUAGGGGAAAGAUUUUACUGAGUCAUUCAUUGUACUGAUCUGAGUACUUAACUGUAAAGCAUCUAGAACAAUGGUUUUCAAACUUUUUUCUGGUGACCCAGCUGAAGAAAAUUGUUGAUGCCUGCAACCCAGUGGAGCUGGGGAUGAGGGAUUUGGGGUACAGGAGGGGGCUCUGGGUCUGGGAGGGUGCAGGCUCUGGGGUGGGGCUGGGGAUGAGGGAUUUGAGGUGCAGAAAGGGGCCGGGCAGCACUGCCGGUGGGACUUCUAACAGCCCGGUCAGCAGUGCUGACCAGAGUCGUCGCGACCCACUGCCUUACAUUCUGUGACCCAAUAAUGGGUCACAACCCGCUGUUUGAAACCAUUAAUAUAGAAUGCCAAGGCUGUCCGGCAGUGCAGGCCUACAAAAUUGUUUUGCUUUAGCUUUCCAAAGGGAAUACAUUCUGAGCCUUACGAUGCAACUAUUGACGAGGAAUAUCCUUGUUUCUCUCCAGUUGUGAUGUUAUGCCACCAUAGUUUCUCUGGAGCUUCUACCUCUGUGGACACUGCAUGUGUGAAUUAAAAAGUACCUAGCUUUUGUUAGCAUAGUCCUGUUAGAAAGUGGACUAUGGUAACGUAGGCUUAGGUACCUUUUAAUUUGCCAGCAGCAUGUACUCAGGGAAGUUAGAUUGCAGCACUUUGGUGGGCUCUGCAGUUCACAUCUACAUAGUACAUGCUGAGGCACUGUGUAGAUGUAGCCUCAGUUAGAGUUCGUUGGAGCCCUUCUGAAACAUAACUAGACAGAAAAUUAGUGAAAAUUAAAAAAAAAAUUAAAAAAUCUAUUUUUAGAGAGCCUAUGUACUUCACAGAAGUGACAAGCUUUACGAGCUAGCUGGUACUGCUUAUUUCCAUUAACCAUCAAAUGUGGCUCUCACAGAGGAUAUACAUUUCAAUGAUUUUAAUGUUUAGAAAUCCACAUGAGAGUUUUAAAAUACUGGUUCCAUUACAUAUAUUAAAUCAAAGUCCUAACAGAUAACCAUUAUUUUUACUUUGCUCUUAAACAACGGCAGUUAAUCAUAUAAGGAUUGGAGGGAAAUACCCAGCAAAAAGUCACGUUUCAGUUACUUGAAACUACACAUUUUAAAAAUACUUUGAGUAUUUUGUUUGUUCUAAACUGGAAGUUUACAGUCUGAAUUUUAGGUAGGUUUGUAGUUCACAAAGGGAUCGUGGGGAGUUAACAAUGUUCUUGUGCAGUCAUAUGAUUUCCUUUACACCUAUGAUGCGUAAUUUCAAUGUCCUUAGCUGAUGAAUUGCUAGCAGCUGUUUACUAAAUCUUUAUGUUGGUAAUAGUUUGUAAUUGGAUAAAUUCUGAUUAUUUUUGUGUGUAUUCUCAUGAGGAAAUUGACUGAGUCAUUUUUAAUCCAGUGGAGUUGCAAGAGAGAAUGCAUGCCAAAAGUGCAGUUAAAUCAGAAGAUAAAUCAAAUGAAAAAUUCAGUGAUCUAAUUAGCUAAUCUCUUCCAGUCAUGUGUGUUGCUUGCAAGAUAUUUGUUAAUGUUAUGGCUAAUAAAUUCAGUCCUGUGCAACUAGGUCUCAUAGCUCAGAAUCCUCCUCAGGCACCAAGAGCAGACUUUAUUCUUAAAAGGCCUGACUGAGAAGCGAAUUGAAGGUGAAGAGGUGGCUUUCAAUGGUAGAGGGAAUUAGCCUGGGAUGAAGAGGGAAACCAGAGAAUGAGGAGUGAUCCGGAGCUGUGACAAGGGUCCCAGAGGGGCUACACUGAGGUUACUCAGUUAGGGCAAACUGCAAAGAAUGGGGCAGAUAAUCCUCGAAGCUGGUGGAUAUUCCAAUACUUAGAUUUACAAAACCAGCACAAAAUAGCUUCUAUACCUCACUGGUUACCCAGAAGCCAACAACACAGUUCCCUUAUAGCAACCCACCCUUGGACUUCCUCCCACACAUCCAAGUCAAAUAUGAUGAGGAUUACUGAAAAUCUUAUUCAUCAUAUAAGAAAGUUCUACCAAUCCCAAAGAGUCGGACACAUUACCUCCCAACUUAAUGAAUAUUUCAGAUCUUACCCAAAUACAUGCUUACAGCCAAUUCUUAAUUCUUAUUAACUAAACUAAAAUUUAUUAAAGAGAAGAGAGAGUGAGUAUUGGUUAAAAGAUCAGUAUACAUACCGACAUGAGUACAGUUCUGAAAUCAGUUUCAUAGUAGAGAUGGUGAGCUUUGUAAUUGCAAAGAGUUCUUUCAGAAGUAGUCCAUAGUCUAUAGUCCAAUGUUCAUAUCCAGGUGGAACUGGAGAUCUCAGUCUUACGACUCAAGCUUCCCCACAUAAAGCAUCAAGCAGAUCUGAGAUGACAGGAUCAGGUCUCAAGAGUGUUUAUACAGUUUAAGAUAAAUGGCUUAAUGGAUAAAUUACCUUAAUGUCAUUCUCUAACAAUACAGGUUUGCAUUUCAAAAUUCUAGUCCAUCUAACAUGGAAUGGCCCUAAUUACCAUUUACAUACUUUUCUAAUCUGUCUCUAAAGGUUGAAUCAGGUAGAUUAGCCUGCAAGCUGCAUAACCCUUUUUGGCCGUGUGUCUAUAUGUCUCUAAAGUUUGAGAUAAACGGCUUAAUGGAUAAAUUACCUUAUGUUAAUCCAGGCAGUUAAUUUCCAGUGAUGUUUAGGAAAGAGGUUACUUCAAAAGCCUGUUGUUC